CAAUAUUGAAACUGGUUAAGAUUAAGAAAAGACUUUGGAAGGCUGUUGAAGUCAAAUAUGAUAAUCUUAUUAUAAAUGAUCCAGAAGUAUGGCAAGAAAGAGAAUGUAUAGGAGGUCAUCAAGUGCAAAAGAGAUGGGAAAUGAUGGAAUUGUAG